CGCUCGUUGUUUUUGUUCCCCUCCCAGCGUGCUACGCGUCGAAAAAAACUUCCCCAAUGCCUUGGAUUCCAACACCAUGGGUGUAGACAGCGAUCCGGUACACGUGACCGUGGAGGGGUCCCGCCCACCAUCUGCUUGGCGCGAGCAGUUCCGCUAUUCGAGCAUUCCCGAUGAGACUCACGGCAGAAAAGGACGAUGGGCACACCUCUCAUCUCGAUUCAAACUGUUGGCCAAGGCCGAGGAAGGGAGUGAGUGGAUUAGAGGCGCGCUGAUAUGUACCUGGAUUACAGGCACCAUCCUAACCGUCAACAUCAUCAUGCUGCUCGUAGCAACGAUCAUUGCAUACCGUGGCCAAUGGAAAACAAAUCGAGGUCAAUUCCAGAUGGCAGAGUUGUAUAGUGGACAAUGUUCGCGCUCUAGCCAUUGGGCGACAGGGCUACACGUGAUCAUCAACGUAUUGAGCACGAUUCUUCUCGGGGCUAGCAACUACGUGAUGCAAUGCCUGGGGGCACCGUCCCGGACUGACAUCGAUCGGGCUCAUGCUAAGUCGCGAUGGCUCGAUGUCGGCACGUUCAGCUUUCGCAACUUUGCGGUCAUGGACCGACGCCGCAAGAUUUUAUGGUUGCUGCUUUUGAUCAGCUCGACGCCAAUCCAUAUGAUUUACAACUCCGUCAUUUUCUCAUCGAUUUCGACCCUCGACUAUGGAAUUUUCAUGAUACCAGAUGAUCUAUCGCCAACUGAGACUUUGAUCGGCAACGACACUACCAGUCGUGACUCGUUUCUGUCCGAGGUUGGGUCCGAGGCAGAUGUCGUUCGAACGCAAAUUUUCAACGGGACCUUUGUCAAUGCGACGGCGAAGGAUUGCACCACCAGAUACAAUGUCGAGUACAAUACGGAGUAUGGUACACUGAUCUAUGUCGCAGGUCGUCAACACUUUCACAACACUAGCAGUCUUCAGCUUGGGGGUUUUGAGAGAUAUGCAUCGGUGUAUGAGAUCAUGCAGGGUUUGGAUGGCAAUCCGCCUCCAAAUGCAAGCAAUUUGACGCUGACCAGCGAGUACUGGAGUUAUCGCGUCUGGAACUAUUCAGUUCCUGAUCCCCUAGAUGCGAAUGUCUCUUAUAUCAAUCUUGGGGGGACUGCCUACGAAGACAUGGUCCUGAGCGGUAAUGCUAGCUUGAGUGCUGACUUGUACACUCUUGCGGAGUACAACUAUGCCUACAAUCCGUCCUACGAAGCUCUGCGCGCGUACUUGGACACCCCUUCUCACUGGAAGAACAGCUCCUGGGCAGCUGCUGUGACCUUUGAGUUGCUAGGUACCGGGUCCAUGUCUGAUUUCUAUACCAUCGAUCAGACAGGCGCGCGAGAGGUCCCUGUAUCACACUGCCUGAUUAAAGAGGAGGAGCAACGUUGUCAGCUGUUCUUCAGUCCCCCAAUUGCGAUUGUCGUCAUUGUAUGCAAUACCAUCAAAGUCGUCUGCAUGCUGCUGACUGCCCGGGUCAAGCGCACGGACCUCAUGUUAAGAGUAGGUGAUGCGCUGGCCUCAUUUCUCACCCGGCCCGAUCCGACUACCCGUGGCCGAUGUCUGCUCUCCCGCUCGCAAAUGACUCGCGGGCCGCAGGCUUGGACCCUCCCUGGCAUUGUUAUCGGUUCAUGGAAAGGAUACACGUUACAACGAAGAGCUCCGAGCCCAACCUCACACUCGCUGGACAAUCUCUCGUCGACGAUUACCACAAAAGACACCAAAGUCUUCCCCAGCAUUCUUCCCCCGCGUAAAAGAUGGUACCAGGCGGUCAGCUGGCGACGUUGGACGCUGGUCCUUCUCUUCUUUAUCGCUUGCAUAGUCACAGCCAUCUGGCUAACCACUUACGCCAUACGCCAAACCGAAGGCUUCAGCACAGCCAUGAGUCUUGGCUUCGCGCAGACCAGCGCCACCACCAUGAUCCAGUAUAUUUCUUCGAACAUGAUCGCCCUCGUUCUUCUCGCCAACACGCCCCAGAUAGUCCUCUCCAUCCUCUACUUCCUUUCCAAUAGUCUUCUGACGUGCAUGCUUGUUGCCGAGGAAUGGGACCAGUACGCACUGCACCGGCGGCCACUGCGCGUCUCUUGGCCCCGCGGCCAGCAGCAGUCAUCCUACUACCUCAGCCUCCGCUACCGAUACAGCCUUCCGCUGAUGAUCCUAUCCGCGACGCUGCAUUGGCUUCUCUCGCAGAGUAUCUUCUUCGUCAACAUCAAAGCAUACGACGUGUACGGCGAUGAAGAUGAGGGGAACUCGUCGCGGGGGUGCUGUUAUUCUCCCAUGGCAAUGUUCAUCACCAUGUGGGUGGGAAUCCUGGCUCUGGGGCUACUGGUCUCUCUGGGAGCGCGGCGUUUCAAGUCCCAUAUGCCGCUGGCAACGCACUGUAGCGCGGCGAUCAGUGCAGCGUGCCAUCCGCCAGAGGGGGACGAUAGGGCGGCGGGUAAACCGGUCAUGUGGGGGGAGAUUCCGCGCAAGGCGGAGACACAGGUGACGGCGCCGACCCCAGAGUAUCCGUGGGCAGCGGAGCGGACGGAUGAGAAUGAGCCGUAUGGCCACUGCUCGUUCACGUCGUGGGAUGUGGUGACGCCGAGUUUGGUGAAGUUGUAUUAUUAGUUUUUUCAGGUGUAC